UUAAUUGUCAAUCAGUGUUGUUUCCUAAGUGGACAGUUUGAUUUCACUGAAGUUUGAUUUCCUUGGAGUUAUAUUGUGUUGUUUAAGUGUUCCCUUUAUUUUUUUGAGCAGUGUAAUAAUCAGGGAGGGGAUUUAUUUCUAAACUUUCUUCCUCUUCACAUACCAGAUAUUUUGUUUUGAUUACAGAACUACAUUUAGCUGAUAAUUAUAACUAUAGGCAAACAAAACAGUUAUCAAAAUAUAUAAUAUAUAUUUAAUUGAAUUAUUGUUAUUUAUAAUAAUUAAGACUUUUCAAAAUGAGUUUUUUGUCCAUCUUUCUGCAAUCACCAUUAACAUUUUAAGUUAGGUGUUGACUUUUUUGUGGGUAACCUUAAAAAUAUAAAUAGCCUACUUUAUCCUUUACUGUAUUUUUAUUUUUGACGGGGAUUAUUCGCAACAUUUAAAGUUAUUUUUGUCUAUCCACCUCUGCUUAUUAAAAUAUUUCCUCAUGUCCAUCUGUGGAGAUCCACCUUGCGCCAUAUUUGUUUGGUACCGGACUGAGCCUGGCAGAGCUGUCCGGGGAGAACAUCCAGCCCUGUGCGGCCAGCAGGAGGGGCCGUGCUGAGGUGUUCGAGGAGCCGUAAAAGCUGCUGGUGUGUCGCAAACCAGGUGUUUUUUGCUAAGGUGGGGGAAGGGAUGGGAGGGGGUGAGGAAGGGUGAGGAGGAGGGAGGCGGGUGAGGGAGGAGGUAACUCAGGAACGGCUGCGCUUCAGACUCAGCGAGAGGAUCAUGGCGGAUGGCCCCAGGUGUAAGCGCAGAAAACAGGCGAACCCGAGGAGGAGCAGCGUAACAAACUUCAACAAUGGCUUGGAGGCCAGUUCAGACUCAGAUGACGAGGACAAGCUACAUAUUGUGGAGGAUGAUAGCCUGUUGGAGCCUGAUGCCACGGAAGCCGAUGGGGCUGCAGCGCUGGAGAGCCAUGAUGCCGCCAUAGCAGUAUUACCCCACAACGGCUCCUGGAAUGGAGUGAAGGAGGAGUGUGUGUCGGAGGAGGAGGAAGAGGAGGUGAAAGACACUCUAGUAGAGAAGAUUCUCCAGCAGGGAGACACAGCCAUCAUUUAUCCUGAGGCUCCAGAGGAGGAGCAGAGUCCAGCUGAGACAGGAGACGCAGAUGAAAACGGCACGCCCGACAGCCUCUCCCAGCUGCACAUUUGCCCGUACUGUUCUCGGGGCUACAAGCGCAACGCCUCCUUGAAGGAUCACAUUAAGUAUCGCCACGAGACCAGCGAGGACAACUACAGCUGCUCGCAGUGCAGCUACACCUUCACCUAUCGCUCGCAGCUGGAGAGGCACAUGAGCCACCACCGAGGCAACAGGGAGCAGCGUCACGUUUCCCAGUCCACAGCAGGAUCAGGAGGAACAGGUGGAACCCGCAAGUUCAAGUGUACCGAAUGUUCAAAGGCCUUCAAAUACAAACACCACUUAAAGGAACACCUGCGCAUUCACAGUGGUGAGAAGCCAUAUGAAUGCUCAAACUGCAAGAAGCGAUUCUCCCACUCUGGCUCCUACAGCUCCCACAUCAGUAGCAAGAAGUGUGUGGGUGCAGCACCGCAAAACAGUGUGACUGUAACGGUGGUUAAGACCACAUCUCCAAGCACUCAGACUAAACCUGUUGCAAUUGCCCCAGCACGAGUGACUGUCAAAGAAAAGACUGAAAGUAAACCCCUCCAGGAGCAGCUUCCCGUCACCCAGAUCAAAUCCGAACCUGUGGAAUACGAGUGUAAGCCGGUCAUGGCGGCACCAGCAACUUCAACUGGGAGCAAUGGAGUGGUGAACGGAGGGACUGCGCAGCCGGCGGCAGCAACGACUACAACUCUCCCUCAGAGUCUGGCCAUGGUCGUACCAACAGUGGGCCUCGUGUCACCAGUCAGCAUUAAUCUAAACGACUUGCAGAGCGUGCUGAAGGUGGCGAUGGAUGGAAACGUGCUCAGACAGGUGCUGGGUUCAGCCAACGGAGUAGUGACGCAGGGGAAGCAGGGAAUUGUAGUCCAGCAACCACAGCAGCAGAUUAUUAGUCUGCCUGCUUUCGUGGAUCACGAUGGUACCACAAAGAUAAUCAUCAACUACAGCAUCAGUCCUGCAGCUGGCACCAAUGCCACCACCCUGCCCACGCCGCUUGUCAUUAAAAGCAACCCUCCCCCUGCUGUCACCACUGCAGCUGCUGCUGCCCCAACACCAACAAAAAUAGAUGAACCCCAAACACCUGAGGUGACAGACCUCAGUUUGAAGAAAAAACCAGUAACGGAGCCCAGUAAAGACAAACAGAUAGAGGCAACAACUCAAGAAGCUGUGAAAGAGUCAGAAUCAGCUAAGAUUCCUAAAUCCAGCAGCACCAGUACUUGUUUAUUGUGUGACGACUGCCCCGAUAACCUGGAGGCACUGCAUCUCCUGCAGCAUCGCAAAGCAGCCAACGGUGAGGCCGUGGACUCGGCUGCGUUGGACCCAUCCUUUGCCGCUCUGCUCAGUGAAGCCGGCGUGAUGCUGGAAGAGCCGCCAGUGGACGACCUCCUCUCGCUCCUUAAGACCUACUUUGCCACCAAUGCCAAUCCCAGUGAAGAGGAGCUUACAAAAAUCUCCAAGUCUGUCAGUAUUCCUGUGGAAGUGGUCAGGAAGUGGUUUAACAAGAUGAACUCUGGGAAAAACCUGAGCAUAUGUCACUCUGAGAUUGCAGAUCCUUCAGAAGAGACAAAAACCACAAAUUGCUUCUCAGAGGACACUUUAAAUAACAAAGAGAACAGCAACCAGGAAGAACCUGACAAAGGUCUGUCACGCACCAGCUCCCCGUCAGACUCUCUGUCACUCAAUGGACAUCUUGUUAUCGUCAAAAGUGAACCGGAAGACCCAGAGGACGCAGACUCUCAAGCAGAACCUCUGGAUCUGUCCCUUCCCAAACACGAGAUUACACCAUCAGAAAACAGAAACACGCCUCCUACGAAGCAGCAAGAACAGCCUCUGAACCUGACCUGCUUGAGGAAUGAUGGUCAAACCCUCUACGUUACCACACCUCAGACCAGCAGCCCUAUCAACAUUGUCACUGCCGCCCAGCUGCCAACCUUAGUGGCCAUCGCUGGUCAGGGAACAGUGGGCUGCCUCAGUGCCAUCAACACCACCACAAAACGCACCAUCCUCAUCCCCCAGCUCACCUACACCUACGCUGCUACCGCCGGAAACGCCACUGGAGCCAAGACUGUUGUACUGAACGGCCAUAAGGAGAAGCGUUCAGAGAGCAACACUGAUGGGGCCUCCUCAGCAGAGGAGCAAGAAACAAAGAGGCGGAGGCUGGAAAAUGGCGUUUAUCCCUGUGAUCUGUGCUCCAAGGUCUUCCAGAAGGGUAGCUCGCUGCUCAGACACAAAUAUGAACACACAGGAAAACGGCCCCAUGAAUGCACCAUCUGCAAUAAAGCUUUCAAACACAAACACCACCUGAUCGAACACUCCAGGCUGCACUCUGGGGAGAAACCCUACCAGUGUGACAAAUGUGGCAAGCGCUUCUCUCAUUCAGGCUCCUACUCACAGCACAUGAACCACCGCUACUCCUACUGCAAGAAGGAUUGGUCGAUCCUGGGCUCCGGCUUGGGGCCACGGAGAGGUCAGCCGGAGCUCGGCAGCCCCGGCGGUGGCGCUCUGUCAGACAGCCGGACCACGACCCCACAAUCCCAAAUGGACUCGGACGAGAGGGAGAGUGAGGAAGAGGACGAAGAGGCCAUGUGUGUGGACGACAUCCGGGUAGUACAGGUGGAUGAUGGCGACUGUGAGAUCUAUGAGGGUAACUUUGAUGACGAGGAGGAGGAAGAGACCGAGACUGGGCAAGUGCAGGUGCAGGUGCAGGAUUUUUUUUGUGACGUGGUAGAAGUCGAACUGGGGAACGAACACUUGGAGAACAGAACGUCGGAGGGAAAACAUGAAGAAAAGGAGGAAUCUGCAGGUGUAGUAGCAGAGAAAAAGCCAGACUGUGAAGCAGAAAGAGACAAAGUUAUCAGGGAGGGUUUGGACAGCAACGAACUGUCAAAGGAAGUGGUGACCAACAAAUGAAGGACAGCUCUGAAUUGUUGGUCAUCAAAGUGUUUUUAGUGAAAAACCACAUCAAGAAGCAGCAAGUCUCAGAAGUUGCCUAAUCUUAACGGUCCACUACUGUGUACAAAAACCCUGGUGUGCCUGAACUUAAACAGAAAAAAACAAGACAGUGACUUUUUUAUUUGUGAAAAAUGAAAUAUUCAUGUUUUAAAAAGUGUUUAUAGAAGUACAGAUUUGAAGUAGUACCAUCUAUCAUAUUGUUAGACUUGUUACUGAGACUUCCCAGGUCCUUUUUUUUUUUCUCAGCCAGUCAGUGUUACUAAUCUUGUUUCUGUUUGAAAACAUUUUAACCUGUAAAGAGAAAGAUUUCUAUACCUUUUUAUUGCCAAUGAAUUUUCCUAAGUCAGUAUUUAAUUGAGUUCUACGAACAAAAACCUCUGCACUACAGUAUUCCUAGUUUACCUAUGGAUACAUGCCUCAUGCAUUGUAUGCCCUUCAGUGUUAUAAAUGUACGCUAGCUAGCAAGAUGUUGUUUGUGUUAGUGUUAGUCUUUGCUAGCUAGCAUUAUGUUUGUUUUCAGUUCCGACUGUUAGCCUUAAGGAAAACAAAGUAUUCCUGGG